AUGGCAUCAGACCACGCCUUGAAGCGUCUUACUCUUGUAGCCGUUGGAGCCAGACUAAUCAGUAAUGGUGAAAGCUAUCAUGUAUGGAAGAUUAAUAAAGAGAAACGAGAACGAUUAGCUAAUUUUGGACGUUAUACCGCUGAAUGUCUUCCAAAAUUUAUUCAGAAAGUUCAGUUUGCUGCUGGUGACGAACUUGAAUUGCUAAUUCAUCCAACCGGUGUUAUCCCAGUUAUCUCAUUUUUGAAAGGCAAUCAUUCUGCUCAAUUUACCAAUUUGAUAUUUAUUUGCGGUGUUGAUGUACCCACCAGAAAGAAUCGCUUUGAGGUAAUAUAUUCAUUGCUUUCCACGAGAUUUAAUGCACGCGUCCGGGUACGUACCUAUACAGAUGAGGUAGCCCCUAUAGAUUCAAUCACAUCUAUUUUUCGUGGCGCGAACUGGUCAGUUUUUAAUUUCAAGCACAAUAUAAAAAGUAACCUCGAAGAACUUUUUUCUCACCACCCUCUGGCAUUUCAAAAAUUAAAGCUGUGGUGUACACCAUUUUACUUAGGGAAUUAUGGAAAGAUGUGA